UUCACUCAAUAAUCUGUCUGUGUUUAGGAACGGGUCAGCAAUCUGCACGUACUCCAUGGAGGACAUUAAUAAUGUGUUCAGUACUUCCACGUUUAAAGGAUUCACUGAAUCUAUUCCUGACCCAAGACCUGGGACGUGUGGGACUAACACUCAAAGUCUGGAAAGUAAAGUACUGAGAAUGGUGGAACACCAUCCUGAAAUGGAGAGUCCAAUCCAUCCCAUCGGAAAAGGCCCCCUCAUCUUCAAGGAUGAGGAUCAUUUCAAGAAAAUCGUCGUGGAUUUCGUUGUUGGCUUCAAUGGAACAGUGUUCUACGUCCUUUUCCUGGCCAUGGGAGAUGGUAAAAUCCAGAAGGUUCUGGAAAUCGGACAGUCAGUCUUCAUCAUUUCAGAACUUACGAUUCUAAAGGAGCCAGGACCAAUCUCAUCAAUGUCCCUGGACUCUGAAGCUAAACUUCUGUACGUUACCGCUGCUAAAGAGGUGGUUCGGAUCCCACUGAUGCAGUGUGAAAAAUAUAAUGAAAGCUGUGAAAGCUGCGUCAUGGCCAGGGACCCCUACUGUGCUUGGGAUGACAGAGAGAAGAAUUGUGUCCCUGUCACAUCUCGCUCCAGCAACCUUAUCCAAGAUCCUGAAAAUGGUGAUCACAAGAAAUGUCCUUCAGAAAGAGUUGCGUUUUACCGUUCCUCACAAAGAGAGAAUCCCGCUCUUGUCCUGGAGGGCCAUGGCUCAGUUUACCUUUCAUGCCCUAAGCAAUCCCAUCAUGCACAUUACUCAUGGAAGAUGCAAGACCAGACAAUGGACUGUUCUUCAAAUGAAGAUGAAUGCCUUUUCUUCAUAAGUAACCUUGCAGAACGUGGAGGUAGCUCAUACCAAUGUGUUUCAAAUGAAAGGGGACAUGAACAGUUUCACACGUCGUAUUUGAUUAAGGACAGUGGGUCUUUGAUGUAUUUGACCAGAUGCAGUAUUGCUGUCUACUGUAUUUUCAUGACAGCUGUGGCUCUGCUCUUGCACUGAGUUUGAGCAAUGACUCUCUCUCUUGUCCUCUUGUCGCAGAGAUUGGAAACAACUUGUUUGUGCUUCUAGUCUGGAUUGCUGCUGGGAUAUAUUGAGGGUAAACACACUGAAAUAUUCUGAAUAGCCCUACCUCAAUGGCCAAGUGACAUGUCUAAGGAAGGUCGAAGGUCUGUAUCCAUGUGGGAAUUGCAAUUUAAUCUUUGGAACCUGUCUCAAUAGAACAUUAGGUUCUUAUAAAGAGCAAAUCUAUAACCAUUUACAAAUUUACAGCUCUGCUCUUCAGAGGGCAGAUUUAUUCCAAAUCUUCAUUCCUGUUGUGUUAUUGGCUCCUUCAGGAGAAAUCAGGUCAGUGAUUGUUCAGGCUUCUUUCGAUUGGUUCAGUUUGUGAGAGAGAGGUUUGUUCUGGAACUCACCUCCCCUUAUCCAGCAAGUCCCAGUUCCACGUCACUCUUUUACAUAGAACAUAGAACAUAGAAGAAUACAGCGCAGUACAGGCCCUUUGGCCCUCGAUGUUGCGCCGAUCCAAGC